AUGCCUUCAAUCGUACACGCCAUAACAGAAUUUAUCAACUCAAUAGUGGGAAUUGUCUUCUCACUCGUACAAUCGGUGUUUGCUGUCUUCCAUGCCAUCUUCGCAUUGGGAGGCGACGUCAUCACAAGCGUUUUCAAAGUGGCCCAGCACCUGAUCGCGAUGGUCACAGACGUAUUCCAGGGAGCCCUUGGUUUUAUUGCAGCCAACUUCUUUGCAAUAGCAGCGCUCGGCGGCGCCUACUACAUUUACACAGUAUAUCAAGCCAGAAAUAGGGGCUCACUACGGAACGGGAAGACCCGCACGUGA